AUGAAGAAAACGCUCUUUGAACGCCUGCGGCCGGCGCCACUCACCGCGAAAGUUGCCUCUGUGGACGCCUGCGUGUACUUUUAUCGGGCGGCAACCUUUUUGGGCUGGGUGCAGCCUGAGGGACUGGGACAAGUGCAACGAUGGGCUUACUUUCUAUGGACCUGCACCACCAUGCUGCUCGGGCUGUUGUAUCUGCCACUGGGCCUCACACUCACCUUUGUGGUGCACUUUGACAUGUUCGGGCCCAGCGAGUUCCUGUCCUCGGUGCAGGUGGACAUCAAUUGCAUUGGGAAUGUGAUCAAGGCGUGCGUCACCUACUCGCAGAUGUGGCGCAUGCGGCGGAUCAACGAAAUGAUUGCCCCACUGGAUGAGCGUUGUGUGACGCUGAAUCAGCGCCAGAUACUCCACACGAUGGUGGCCCGAGCGAAUCUCAUUAUUAUGUUCUUUCUCAGCGUGUACAUUGGCUUCACCACCACGACGCUGUUCGCCUCGCUGUACGCUGGACAGGCUCCGUGGCAGCUGUACAAUCCGCUGGUGGACUGGCGUCAGGGCACACGCCAGUUGUGGCUGGCCUCGCUCUUCGAGUAUUUUGUGAUUGGCAUUGCCGUCACGCAGGAGAUGCUGUCGGACACCUAUCCGAUCGUUUAUCUCUCCAUGUUCCGUGCACAUUUGGCCAUACUCAAAGAUCGCAUGGCGCAGCUGCGCUGCAAUCCCGAGCUCUCGGAGCAGCAGAACUACCAGCAGCUGGUGGACUGCAUCAAGGAUUAUCGGACAAUACUGCACUGCUGUGAACUUAUUAGACCCACGCUGUCGGCCACCAUCUUUGCGCAGUUUAUGCUGAUUGGCAUCGUCGUGGGUCUGGCAGCCGUCAACAUUCUCAUCUUCACCAGCAGCUUGGGCAUGGUCAUGUCGAAUGUCACCUUCAUCGCUGCCAUUUGCAUCGAGUCCUUUCCGCUCUGCAUGACCUGCGAGCUGUUGAUCGCGGACUGCGAAUCGCUCGCCUUUGCCAUCUUUCACUCCCACUGGGUAGACGCGGAGCGGCGCUACAAGUCGGCCAUUAUUUACUUUCUGCACAGGGUGCAGCAGCCCAUACAGUUCUGGGCCGGUGCCAUCUUUCCCAUAUCCGUGCAGAGCAACAUAACGGUGGCCAAGUUUGCGUUCAGCAUCAUCACGAUUGUCAAUCAAAUGAAUCUGGCGGAGAGGUUUCGAAAGGAAUGA